GCCAGAAAGAGAGAAGGGAGCAGGGAGGGGACAUUUCAGUUGAAGGUUUCUUCUUGGUUGGAGAUAGUCCUGUGUGAUUCAGAGAUCUCUGGCAGGGACUCAGCCUAAGGUUACAGACCCCACCAUGAAGACAAGGGGAGCCAUCGUCAUCUACCUGUGUGCAGUUUUGGUUGCAGUUUGUGCUCUCAAUGUGCAGACGCCGCAAAAAGUAGUUGAAGCCCCCAGGGGAAAAAGCGCCACGUUGCCAUGCACCUACCAGACCACAGCACCGGAUACCCUCGGAGGCAACGCCAUAUGGUACAAAGAGCCAGAUCAGAUUGAAGCCAUAUCCACAUUUUUUGGAGCUGGUGUCAAUCACAGCGAUCCAGCUUACGAAGGUCGGGUGGCAUUCACUGGAAAUGUCUACACAAACGAUGCCACUAUCGUCAUCGACAAACUUACCAUGGAAGACAAUGGCACCUACCGCUGUGAGAUAAAUAUUCCCAAAGAUCGCACCGGGACCCGCCAGGCCAAAAUGGAACUCGUAGUCUUAGUGACCCCAUCAAAACCAGAAUGCGCCAUUGUUGGGACUGCAGAAUAUGGGCAGGCCAUCCAGCUGACCUGUGCUUCCAAGGAGGGAUCUCCUCCACCCGCUUAUACCUGGGAGAGCUACACCCCGCAGAAUGUCCCCCGACCCUUACCAGCAACUGCAACCAUAGAAGGAGGUGUUUUGAGCCUUAAGAACAUCUCUAUGGAGACCUCGGGAUUCUUUAUUUGCACGUCAAAAAAUCGAAUCGGACAGGAUUCCUGCAACAUGACGCUAGCAGUAAUGCCACCGUCCAUGAACAUCGCCCUCUACGCUGGUGUGAUUGGAGGAAGUCUGGCUGGGAUCAUAGUCAUCGGUAUCAUCGCUUACUGCUGUUGCUGUCGUGAUAAAGAAGAUAAGGAAGAUUAUGAAAUGGCUGAAAGAGAAGAGGAAGAGGAGGAGGAGUCUGAUCACCCCCCACAGAAGGCUCAAGUAAAAACGCAGCAGCAGCAACAAUACCACGAGGAGGACGAUGAUGAAGAAGAUCUGGAGGACCAUGAACAGCACAGACCACCUAUGCCACCAGCUAAUAAACCCAGAUUGGUAGUUAAUGCCUGAAUAACACGUAAAAUGGGCACCUAGAGCCCCUGGUUUUUAAGUAUAUUAAACUUUAGGUGGAAGCAGAACAAGGCUAGAAGAAUGAAUGAAAAGUAUGAAUGAGUCAUAUAUUGCCUAUAGCAGUGGUCUCCAAACUGUGGCCCGAGGGCCGGAUGCGGCCCUUUGCUUGCCUUUAUCCGCCCCUUGGAGCACUAUCCCUCCCACUGAUACCAGACACUAUUCUGACACUGACAAUAGAGCACUAUUUCUCCCACUGACACAACUAAUAGAACACUAUUCCUCCCUAUGAUACCAGCAAUGGGGC